AUGUUCAUUCGAAAAUAUAGAAAUUUCAUUGCAGAGAGAAAACCGACGAGUGCGCAUGACACGCUAGGAUCGGUUAGAGAAAGGAUUGCCAUUUUUGAAACGUUCUCAACAGAUAGGCAGCCUGCAGAAGUACGUCUAGUUGAAGGCGCAGAUGGAGUGCAGGAACCGAUAACUCAGGCACGCGAACCAGAAGGCCCUUCACACGAAGCAAGUGACGAACCGCAAGCGGUUAUACGUAGGCAUAAAGGCGAACAAGAUUCCACUGGUGAUGAAACUGGCAAGUCAUUUUCAUCAUUUCCUCAAGUGCAAGAAGCAUCCAGAAUUCUUUCCUCUAGUACUGUCGCAACGGGUCAUGUGGAAGCUGCGCUACCUAGACAGCAUCCAAAAGAGUACGGUGAUGAUGAGGAGGAAAUACGUCAGUACGGGUAUUCGAUGCACGGAGAACCAAUGCAACGGGUUCAAGAUUCAGUACGUUUAGCACAUGUGACUGAUGAGCGGGUUGCUCAAACGGGUGAGUCAGCAGCAGAAGAUGAGAAAAAAAUGGAUUGGAAGAGAAAAGAAGAGCAACCAAUAAAAGUGGAAAGAUUGAGUAGAUGGGAACAUGAAGAGCAGGGUGGUCCAAGCCAGGAACUAGAAGCGAUUAUGCAAAAACGAUUACAGAAAAUAGCUGACGCUGAGGCUGAGACAGCUCGGCGAAGGGAAGAGUUACGAGGGCAAUCGCAAGUACCAGCCGCUGUCGACACAGACAUUGAAUUUCAUGAAUGGGUUGGAAUGGAUAAGGUAAGUGAAGAGCAAGAGGUAUCACUGCCAAGGAUGCAGGAUGAGGUACAUGUUUGUGAAGGUUGGGAAAUCAUUGAGGCGGAGGAGGUGUGUAUGAUUACUAAUGAAUAUGUUGCACAACAAAUUGAAGCCCUUAGAGAAGAUCACACUACACCAGUACCGUCUGAGAAAGCGGUUUCAGUGACAGACGUUGCGAAGGUGUUUGGUUCAGAAACUGAUCUCAGAAGCAUCACCUCGAAAUCGCAAGUUGAAGCAAUAGAUUCAUUUGGCGUACAGAAGAGGUUUGACGACCGCCAAGACGGAACUUCUCCCAAAGUUGAUAUUGCUGAGCCAGAAUUGGUUUUGCUGGAAUGCGCCAAGGAGAUCCCCAUCCAAGAAAAGAGUAUAGAUGAGGUGUAUUUGAGGCGAGAUAUGAGGCAGUACGCUCCCGAAACAGAGAGAAGUGAACAAGAGAAUGGAGCCAGAUUUAUUCGCACUCCAGAAAAGGAACAAAUAAUCACGUGCGAUCAGGUGUUUAGUGCGCCGUGUGAGAAGGACCAGAAAAUCGCUAUUUGCAAAAGUAGCAAAGCGCAGAAACCGGAGUUACCUUUUACACUCGAUAUAGUGCCUGAAAUUGAGAAAAGAUCGUUUCUUCGUGAAGGCAUUGAUCUGUCAGAGCAAGAGGAGAAAGCGGAGCAGUGGGGAUUGAAGGAACAAGAAAACAUUAUUCAGCAAGCAGACUCUGGUCAAUUAGAAGCGGCAAACUUCAUAGAAGCUUUUUCAAAAGCAAACGCAGCAACUGAAUUAAGCAAUAUAGAGCAUGGUCACGUGGAAUAUGACCUGGAAACAUUGGCACGUGUCAAGGAGCUUCCAGAAUCUGUGAUGCCAGUCUCGAAUCAAGAAGCAAAGUCAGUCGACGCAUUUGUCGAAAAAUAUGAGAUGAAAGAGUACCUGCUGCCAGAAAAACAGGACGCUGGGGAAGACUUGGUUGAUAUAUCCUUCAGCAAAAAUCUGUUUCAGCCGCAAGAUGCAAUUGGGGAGUUCACGCACAAAAAGCAGACUGAUUAUGGUGAUGAACAUGAGGAACUAGAAACUAUGUCGCUACUCAUACCAGCUAAUGAGUUGCAAGAAACACCUAUCGAACUUACUCAAUCAGUGCUGCAGCGAGCAACAGAACAAAAAAGAUACGGAGAAGAUGAAGCAAAUACUGCUGCCCAUAUUCCAGAACUUGUCACGUCAGCACAUGUAACCGAGCUAAGUGAGUGUAAAGCUCAGCAUAUUCGGAGGGAAAAGGGAAUAUGGGAGUCAUUUGAAGACUUGGUGGAGAAGGAACACAGUGUCGAUGGAAUGCCGCUGUUUGGAAUAGAGGAAAAAGAGGAAGGAUUGCCCGAAAAAGAAAGCUCAGAAAAAAUAGCCUUGGAAAAAAGUGAUACUGAUAAGAUUUUGAUAAGUCACCGGAAGCGGAUCGGCGAAGACGAUGAUGGUGAGAUCGGAAAAGUUACACAAGGUGGAGGAGAUGAAAGUAUUGGAGAACAUCAUGAACCAUUAGGAAGCGAAAGUACAGAUGCCAGUGUCAUUUCGGAAGCUCUUAAAAUAGCGGAAGUAGAAUCGAUAAACAAGCUGUACGACAGCGAUCGGUUACCAAAAGAGGAAUCCAUGUCUGAGCGAUUGGAAGAGAAGCAAAUAACAUAUGCUCCAGUAACUGAAGAAGUUUUUUGGAAUAAGGAACAUACUGAAGAACUAGCAAAAUUAGUUCCAGUCAAUGAAAUCACUAAGCACAGUGAGCUGAGGUCAGUUGCUGAUGAUGAAGAAAUAAUUUCCACCGAAAAUAAAUCCCAAGUCUAUGGUACACCAGAACUGGAAAAGGACAAGAAAGAGGAGGAUCUAACGAAAGCAUUGCAUGGAAUGGCACCUACUGGCCCCAUACAUACUAUAGCAGAAGACAAUGCUGAAAAAGUUCGGGAGGUUGGGGGUCGCGAACUUCUGGCGGACACAGAAGACAAUGCUGAAAAAGUUCGGGAGGUAGGGGGUCGCGAACUUCUGGCGGACAGUAAGCAUGGCAGUGCAAUCGGGAUGAUAUCGUUGAAUUCUGGCGCAGCCAAUGCAGAAAUGGAAUUUGAUGAAGCAAAGAGAAAAACUCCUUUUUCAGCAGAGGAUAUUGGGCCGGCAUACACAUUACUCAAACAGGAAGAUGAAAGGGGACCGGUUGAUGAAAGCUUGGAAAAUAGUUUUUCACCGAAUUCUGCUGAGAAUGUAAUGGAGGAUAGACGAAAAGGCUUACCCUUCACUGAUACAAUGCCUGGCACUGAUACUGAGCAAAACACAUCGGCAUCUUAUUCAGCACCGGAUGCAAGUACUGAAACUGCAAAACAGGAAAUAUGUCUCAGAACUGAUGCCCGAAAAGCAGAAAAAUACGUAGAAAUGGUUACCACAAUAAGCAGCGUAAAAAGCGAAAUAGAGAAAGGACUGCUGGAGCGGCAUGACAAAAUGGAGCAGGGGAAUCUAAAAAAACCAGAAGAUUCCGUAUUGGGAGAAUCAGUUAAAAUGGAAAAUAAAACGACUGAACAGCCUGUGCGUGGAGAAGUAGUACUUCUGGAAUCCAGAAAAACAAGGGAAUCUUUCGCAGAAAACGAACCAUUAGCAGAAUCCGAACCUGAAGAAACUUUAUUAUCGUCAGAACUGCACAUGCUUGCCCCAAAUGCGGAAGAAUUAAGGGAAACUGUCAUCGAUCUCAGUGAACAACAAGUUGCUGCAUUCACUGAUGAGCAGCCGCUUCACCAGAGUGGAUCUUCGUUUGGGCGCAAACUGAUAAGAUUCGCUAAAAAAGCGGGUACGGCAGCUGGUGCGGUUGUUGCAGCUCCAGUUGUGGCGGCCGCUGCAGGUACUGCUGCAGCGUAUAGCCAUGCUACAAGAGCAGUGAGAAGAAAACGUGGCUCAAAAGAGGAAGAAGAAGCUGUUUUAGAGCAACACUUGCCAGCGCUUGAAAAAAAAAGUGAUAGAGAUGAACUGUUUGAAAAAUCGGAUACGAUGAACGACCUGCCCACUUUUACGGAAUAUGAAAUCAGAUGUGGUUCUGGUGAAAAUGAGGAAAUCUCCGAACUGGUCGUUUCAGAGACAGCAAGGGUGCCAGAAAUGCCAGAAGCUGUCCAGCCGCUUGAUAGUUUCGAGGCAGAGCCUGUUGACAAAAAGAUCCUUCCACAGAAGGAUGAAGGAAGGUUUGCGAAGGAUGAUUCAAAAGAAAGUGGCUCUAUGCAAUCUUUCUUAUUUCAAAAACAUUUUGACGAAAGUUCAAUAGCAGCAACUGAAUGGCAGUUAAAGGAAAUUCAGCGUGAUGCUGUAAGGGGCGAUGUAGUAACAGAGCUACUGGAAGAUAAACCCUCAAGAGUUCUUGCUGGAAGUGAACUUAAAGGCACGGAAAAAAGUAUCGUAUUGGUUAACGAGUUACAAAAAGAAAAAAUGGAACUCGAUAAAGGAAGAUUAGUUGCUAAGGAAAAACCAGGAGUUGAGGAAAAAGUAGAACUCGCGGAAGAAUUUGUAAAGGAAGCUGCGGAAGGUUCUGGAAAGAAUUUAAAAUUAACAGGAUCAGCUCAUGAAGGCUUAAAACGAAUGGCUGAAGCGAAGGAAAGUGCUACGGAGCAAUCAGAGAUAGGUGACAGUGAGUUAUUAAGUUUUCAAAAAUCCAUAGGAGAAACAGAACAAGAAAGCGCAGAAUUUUUUGAGAAAGUGCCUGAAUUAGAAGGCAUGAAGGAGAACAUAUUAGAGAGAAGCGAAGUGAGAGCAUUUGAACAGAAACCGCUCAAAUCUACUCAUAAAGGAGAUGAGUAUGGAAAGAUUGAGGAAGUUUUAGAAACAGUAAAACAGCAAUCUGCAGAAAUGAAAGAACGACAAAGGAGUAAGGAACUGUUGAAGGGGACCUCAAAAAGCAUCAACGGUGAACGUGAAAGUGAGACAUCACUGGAAGAAGUCUAUGUUGCACUAUCGCAUGCUAAGGAGUUUGAAGGAGAUCCUUAUAGUGUAAUGUUUACCGAUGAAAUUGUGGAUCACAAAUGGGAAGGUCCAGUUGAGAAGCGCAACAAAGUAUCCCGUACGUCAGAAAUUGGUAUGUCAGCCGGACUAAUAUUUGACGGGAAAGUGGAUGCUGAGUUACAGCAGUUACUUCAUCCUGGCAUGGAAGACGCUAGCCCGUGUUUAGAAAUCAGUAGUAGUGCUGGGCGUAAAUUAUCACUUGAAACAUCAGAAACAGAGCCGAGGACAGUGAUGCUAGAGAAAACACCUGAUGGUGACCAAAAGUUUCGGGGCGAUGAGUCGAAAGAAAUAGCCAUUGUUUACACUGGGGACAGAAACGAUGCUGUC